AUGACUCUUCCCAGAUCCGGAGUUCCUGCCCCUAAACUUUUCGACACCGACUUGAACCCUAACAUUUUGAAGGCCAAGUAUGCUGUUCGUGGUCGAAUUCCAGCCAAAGCUGAAGAACUAAGAAAGCAAUUGAUUAAAGAUCCCGGCUCCUUACCGUUUAAGAAAAUUAUCAAUGCCAACAUUGGUAACCCUCAACAAUUGGAUCAAAAGCCACUUACCUUCUAUCGUCGUGUCCUUGCUCUUUUGGAAGAUCCUGAAUUGAUCGAAAACGAAGAGAUCGUUAAUUGUUUCCCAUCUGAUGUUGUGUUACGUGCAAAGAAAAUUCUUGAUGCUACCGGUUCCGUUGGUGCCUACUCUCACUCCCAAGGUGUUCCAUACGUAUGCCAAUCCAUUGCCAAUUAUAUCUCUCGCCGGGAUGGUUACCCAUCGAACCCUGAAGAUAUAUUUUUGACCGCUGGUGCUUCUACUGCCGUCAAAUAUAUUAUCGAUCUUCUCUCUCUUGGACCGAAGACUGGAUUUCUCAUUCCAAUACCUCAGUAUCCUCUUUAUACUGCUACAAUUGCAUUGAACAAUACCCACGCUCUUCCAUACUACUUGAACGAGGACGAUGACUGGUCAAUCGACUCCUCCGAAUUGAUUCGUGUCAUAGAAGAUGCAAUCGCUCAAGGCAUUAAGCCUCGAUGCCUUGUUGUGAUCAACCCAGGUAAUCCAACUGGUGCAGUUCUCAAGAAAGAUUCUAUCGUCAAAUUGUUGGAUGUCGCUGCCAAAUAUGGCACCUUUAUUAUUGCCGACGAAGUAUACCAGGAGAAUGUUUACAAAGGUGAGUUCAUCUCUGUGAAAAAAGUUUUAAGAGAGCUUCAGGCCACGGACAAGACUGGCUACUAUGAUAAUGUGCAAAUGGCCUCUUUACAUUCUACUUCUAAAGGUCUUAGUGGUGAGUGUGGCCAGAGAGGUGGCUACAUGGAGUUGGUGGGCAUUAAUUCGAGCGUAAAGACUCAACUGACCAAACUAACUUCCAUUUCCCUUUGUGGACCUGUUAUCAGUCAAGCUUUGAUGUCUCUUAUGGUGAAUCCACCUAAACCUGGUGAACCAUCUUAUGAGUUGGAUCACCAGCAGAGACAGAAAGUGUUCAAUGACUUGUCAACUAGAGCCCAUACUUUAUACACUGCUUUCAACGAGAUGGAAGGUGUUUCUUGUAGAAACCCGAUGGGCGCCAUGUACUGCUUCCCGCGUUUUGAUCUCCCUGGGGGGGCAUUCAAAGCUGCUGAAAAAGCAGGCCUCAGUCCGGAUGUCUUUUACUGCGAGAGAUUGCUUCUUGAGACUGGUAUAUGCACUGUUGCCGGUUCCGGCUUUGGCCAAGCACCAGAAACAUGGCAUGUGCGAACUACCUUUUUACCUCCCGGUACCGACUGGAUCAACUAUUGGAAGGUAUUCCACGCGGAUUUCAUGAAGAAAUACCGCUAG